AGGAAGGUUAUGAACUUUCGCGGAAAGUCAUCAAUAGGGAAGCGCCUAACGCUCAAUACAACGUCAGCAAAUGUUCCCGAUUCUCCUCAACCGUACAUCACAUGAUUGCCAGGCGUUCAAAGUUCGCGGACCGUUCCCUUGGUCGCAAUGACGGCUCCGAAGCUCGUGCUGGUGUUCAGCGGCAAGCGAAAAUCUGGGAAAGAUCAUCUCACAGAUGUACUGCUCAGAUCAGCUCCGGAGAGCUCAGCGGUCAUCAUCAGACUCUCUGGACCGUUGAAGGAAGCUUACGCCAAAGAGCACGGGCUCGACUUCUCACGGCUCCUGGAUGCCUCAGAGUACAAAGAAAAGUAUCGCUCCGAUAUGGUCGCGUGGGGUGAGAAACAACGCCAGAUAAACCCGGCGUUCUUCUGUGAAUUGGCCGUAGAAAAGUAUCAGGCUGACAAAGUCCCCAUCUGGAUCGUGAGCGAUGCCAGGCGACCGACCGACAUCGAGUAUUUUGUGAAAAAAUUUCCUGGACGAACCGCGCUUUGUAGAAUCGUCGCAGACGAUUCUGUGCGGAGACAGCGAGGCUGGGAGUAUGUCAGUGGAGUAGAUGACCAGGAGACUGAGUGCGCUCUGGAUGAGUACAUAAGUUGGGAUAUAAUUUUGAACAACGACGGCGAGAUGCCUCUUGAGAAGCUCCUGAAGCCCUGUCUCGAUCUCAUUAGGCAAGCUGUAGAGUAACCAAUUGAUAGACGGAUAAUCGAAAGGCAACGACGGUAUCACUCACAGAGUGUAAGUCUCCGUAUCCAUGCAAUUUUGAGAGAGAUUCUUGGAGAGAUACAUAUACAUGUUAAUUUGUACCUUUCCGUUCUAAAUACAUACCGUACCUCCAGUCAUGGCGAUUAUUACGUUUGGAAAAAAUCUUUUGAUAAUGAUCGAGGGUCGACUCAUACUGGUAAGAAUGUACGCCCUGUGAGGAGUGAGCCGAAUCCCACUCUUAAUCAGCUAUAGGUCCGACUCAUGAUGGAGAAGCCUUCGUCUUCAGUGAUUAGACUUCUCACGGGAAUAGGAGGAUGUAGUUCGUCAGACGCGUGGGUUUCCCAUCGGGAGUUCUUCG